AUGUUUGGACCAUGGAAUGAUAUUGAACCUUAUGUUAUAGCUUUAUUCUACUUUUUAGGUAUUUGGCCACUUGUUUAUAUGUCAAUCUUAUUAAUUGAUGGUCAAAAUCAACGUUUGAAUGGAACUGUAGCUUCAAUCUUAGCUAUGGCAUUAGGUGGUUUCAUACUUUUACCAUAUUUUGCUUUACGUCGUGGUGAUAAUAUAAAAAAAUAUAAAAUAAAUUUAUUCAUUCGUAUUUUUGAGUCCAAAUUAAUUGCUAUUAUUUUAAUGAUUUCUACUAUGAGUUUGAUAGUUUUUGCUGUAAAAUUUGGUGAUAUUCAUAUAUUUCUUCAUGAAUUUUGGACCAAUCAAUUUAUUCAUAUAAUGACGAUCGAUUUUUUUGUUGUUUCAUGUUUAUUUCCUUGUUUAAUUACAGAUGACUUAACACGAAGAAAAAUGACUCAGAAUAAUCAAUUUCAAUUUUAUUACUAUCUUUGCUUCGUUCCUUUGAUUGGACCAUUAAUCUAUUUAUAUCAACGUCAACCGUUACAACAAAUAAAGCAAUAA